AUGCUAUCUGACAGUGCAGAUAUAAAAGAUGCCAAGAAAGCUAGCUUUCCUUACACAUGGGGAAUAUAUGACAAUACUGAAGCUGGAUCAAAUGAUGGUAAGGUGGUCACAGUGACUACAACAACGUAUUAUGGAUCCACGACUGCCGUCACUACUUUGCCAUAUUAUACAACGCCUGGAAGUACAGAAACAAUUGUUGUCGAAGUUCCAAUUCCAACAACAACUAUAACUACAACAUAUGAUGGAAAGUCAACUUCGUACACUACUAUCACUGCCACACCAGGUGAAACAGCUACACUUAUUGAAUAUGAUCCCAUCGAGCACACUACCACAUGGACUACUACCAGCACCGAUGGAUCAGUGGUGACUAUAUCUGGUAUUAUUUCCAAAACAGAAACAACUUACAUUACCAUCACCACAUUCCUACCACCAGUUCAAACUGAGUACACUACUACUUGGACUACUACCAACUCAAACGGAUCAGUUGAGACUGAUUCUGGUAUCGCUUCAGGAUCAAGUAUCUUCAGUACCUUCCCACAUGAGACCACAAGUUCUGGUCCUGGCUUUGGUUCUAACAUCGGCCCAGGGUCCGGUUUUAGCACUGUAAUUGUUCUCGGUUCUGGUUCCAACACUGGUGCAGGUUCUGGUGCAGGUUCUGUUUCCUCUGGAGACGCUUCGGCUUUGAUCAACGGGGCAUCGACUGCAUCAGCAACCAGAGUAUCUUCACAUACGUCUGCGUCUACACUCAAAGGAUCUGGUUCAGUUGUCAAAGUGUCGUCGGUUACAAAUAUCAUUAUGUGCUUAGUUAUCUUUGGUUUCUUUUAG